CACCAAAUUGAUGACGUCUACACAUCAACACAAGCACAUGUUCAGAAAAUAAAAUGGGACGAAAAAAGAAAAUGGGACGGUCUGCAAAGAAGGCUAGGGCAAGUCAAACAGGGAGUGUAGAAGAAGAAUUUAAGAAAGCACCCCAUUCCUUUGUUUUCCAUCGUGGACAUGUGGGAAAGAAUAUCAAACAGUUAAUUACAGAUAUGAGACAUGUCAUGGAACCUUAUACAGCUUCAAAGUUAAAGGUCAGAAGAAAAAAUGUACUGAAGGAUUAUGUGGGUGUGGCUGGACCUCUUAAUGUAUCACAUUUUCUCAUGUUCACAAAAACUGAAGUGGCAACAAACUUUAGAGUUAUUCGAAUACCACGAGGACCUACAUUGACUUUCAAGAUACAGAACUAUUGUUUAGCUAGAGAUGUCAUUACAUCUCUCAAAAGGCCAAACUUGGAACAGAAACAGUUCCAGCACCACCCCCUGCUUGUCAUGAAUAAUUUCAGUAGUGACGAUGUGCACCUGAAACUGAUGGCCACCAUGUUCCAGAAUAUGUUCCCUUCUAUUAAUGUCAACAAGGUAAAAUUAAACCAGAUCAGAAGGUGUGUUAUGGUGAAUUAUAAUCCAGAAACAAAGACCAUAGAUUUCAGACAUUACAAUAUAAGAGUGGUACCAGUUGGUAUGAGUAAAAGUGUGAAGAAACUGAUCAAGGCAACAGUACCUGAUAUGAGUAAAUAUAGUGAUGUCAGUGAAUAUAUUACAAAAGCUGGUUAUUUAUCAGAUAGUGAGGCAGAGUUAGAUGGGGAACACAAUGAAGUUGUUUUACCACAACAUGUGGGAAGCAGAGGAAAUAUUCAAGCCACUAAAAGUGCAAUUAGAUUGACAGAACUAGGGCCAAGACUUACCCUACAGUUAGUAAAGAUAGAAGAAGGUAUCUGUGAUGGAGAAGUGAUGUUUCAUGAAUUUAUUGAGAAGACUGGGGAUGAAGUUAAACAAUUGAAAGCUCUGAGAGAAAAGAAAAGAAAGUUGAAAGAAAUUAGGAAAAAGAAACAAGAAGAAAAUGUGAAAAAGAAACAAGAUGAAAAAGAGGCUAAUAAGUUAAAAUCAUUGGAAGGGAUGAAGAAAAGUGAGGAUGAGGAGGAAAGUACAGAUGAGGAGAAGGAGAAGGUUGAAAAUGAACAUGAGGAUGAUAGAGAGUAUUACAAACAGGAAGUAGGCGUGGAACCUGAUGCAGAGUUAUUUCCAAAAGCAAGAGCCCAGAAGAGAAAUAGAUCUCAUUCUAGACCUAACGAGAAGGCUAAAAGAUUCAAGAAAAAUACAGAAAAAGAUUUUACCAAUCGUAAAGAAAGAGAUUUUACCAAUCGUAAAGAAAAAGAUUUUACCAAUCGUAAAGACAUAAAAUCAAAUUUCAAAGCAAACAAGUUUUCUAAAGGAAAUUCAAAGGACAAAUUGAAAUCUGGGAAAGUUUAUCUGAAGGACAAAAUGCAGGGAAAGGACAAGCAAUUUAAAAAUAAAGGUUCAUUUUCAGGGCGGGGCAAAGAGAAAAAGACAGGUUUUCGGAAGAAGAAAUAAAGUUUUGUUGAUUAA